AUGGCUGCAUGGGAGAGAGGUAGGAGACAGAGGAGUCUCACCGCGGAGCUCCUCCUUGCUGCUGCCGUGCUCGAGCUCCCCGCCCCGGAGCUCCUCUAUCUAGAUCCACCGUCCCCGGCGGAGGGAAUGAGAGGGAGGGCGGCGCCCGUCGGCGAAGGGAAGGAGAGGGUGGAUGGAGCGGACGCCGAUGAGUUUUACAUUCGGUGCACUGACGAGGGCGCUGAAGUCGUUGCUGCAUCUGCCAACUGUGCCUUGAAGGAAGUAAAAUCCUUUGAUAAGACUCUGUUAGCCAAGCUUACUGUCGACUCCCCCCACCAAGGCCACCACGCAACCUAUCCUUUGUUGUCUCUACAGGUGACAGAGUUCUCUUGUGGCGGCUUCAUCCUUGCGGUGACAUGGAACCACGCCAUUGCUGAUGGCGUUGGUAUCGCCCAACUCAUAGGGGCACUCGGUGAGCUUGCACGUGGGUUAUCAUCGCCUUCCAUUGUUCCGGUUCGGUGGGAUGAUUCAGUCUCCAGUUGGUCUCCACCGUUCAAUGAAAUGCAACAGACUAUGAGCCCCGAGCCUUUAGCCCUUGUCCCCCUUGACAUCGCCAUCCCCUUGAGCACGAUCAACCGCAUCAAAGCCAAAUUUUGCAGCUACUUCAGUGGGCAGCAGUGCACGAUGUUUGAGGUGGUCAUCGCCAUUCUAUGGCAGUGUCGAACUCGUGCAACCGUCUCCAAUCCAGAGACACAGGUUUUUAUUUCAUUUGUGGCUGAUGUGCGCAAGCACGUGGGUGCCAAGGAUGGCUACUACGGCAACUGCCUCACUGAUCAUGUAGUCAAGGCAACGAGCAACAUGGUGGCAAACACCGACAUUAUGAACCUUGUAAUGAUGAUCAAGCAUGCCAAGGAUCAAAUUCCUAACAAGUUCAAGAAGAAUGCAAGCAACGACAGCAACCAGCUUCAAGGAUUAGAUGGGCCAUACAACAAGUUACAUUUGUCAUCGUGGAGAAAUAUUGGCUUUGAUGAGGUUGACUUUGGGAGCGGUGCGAUGUGGACCAUGUGGAAAGCGAGGAACAAUAUAGUCUUUGACGACAAGAUGGUAAAGGCCCCGGAGAUGAUGGUGUACAAGCUGUUAGCACUUCUUACUUAUUGGAAGCCGCUUCUGAAGCAGAAGGAGUCUGAGAAGGUGGAGGUGAUGAUUGGCAAACUCACGCUGGAAUGCUGCAAGUUGACGGCGUGA